AGCUGACCCUGCUGCUAGCCAAGAGCAGGGACCCGGAGGAGCUGAAGCACGUAUGGGCAGAGUUCCGUAAGGAGGCCGGAGACAAGGUGCGCAAGCAGUUCGUCCAGUACGUCGAGCUGACCAACGAGGCCGCCCGACUCAACAACUUCAGCGACGCCUCCGAGGAGUGGGUUAAGGACUACGAAUCGGCAGAGUUCCGAAACCAGAUCCAAGAGCUGUGGCUGCAGCUGAGACCCCUGUACGAGCAGAUCCACGCCUACGUGCGUCGGCGCCUCAACGAGCAGUACGGCGACGCCGUCGUCAAGAAGGACGGCCUCAUCCCGGCGCACCUCCUGGGCAACAUGUGGUCGCAGACCUGGGGCAACGUCUACGACAUCUCCACGCCGUACCCGGGCAAGCAGCCCGUCGACGCCACCUCGGCCAUGGUCGAGAAGGGCUUCGACGCCAUCAAGAUGUUCAAGAUGUCCGAGGAGUUCUUCACAUCGCUGAACCUCAGCGCCAUGCCCGACACCUUCUGGCAGCGGUCCAUCCUGAAGAAGCCCGAGGGACGCAGUCUAAUCUGCCACGCCUCGGCUUGGGACUUCUACGAUGGCGAAGACUUCAGGAUCAAGCAGUGUACGCGGAUCACCCACCGCGACCUGAUCACCGCGCACCACGAGAUGGGGCACGUGCAGUACUACCUGCAGUACAAGCACCUGCCCAAGGUGUACAGACGGGGCGCCAACUCAGGCUUCCACGAGGCCGUCGGCGACACCAUCGCCCUGUCAGUGUCCACCCCCAAGCACUUGCGCAAGGUCGGCCUGCUGCCCGCCGACUCCAAGGACGACCCUCAGAGCGAGCUCAACUACCUGUACAACAUGGGUCUAGAGAAGAUCGCCUUCCUGCCGUUCGGCUACCUCAUGGACCUGUGGCGGUGGGACGUCUUCAAGGGCAAGACCAGCCCGGACAACUACAACUGCGAGUGGUGGAGGCUCAGGCAAGAGUACCAGGGUAUCGAAGCACCCGUCGAUCGCUCAGAGGACAACUUCGAUCCUGGCUCAAAGUACCACACCAUCGCCAGCGUGCCAUACAUCAGGUACUUCGUGAGCUACGUGAUCCAGUUCCAGUUCCACGCUGCCCUCUGUGAAAAGGCUGGCCAGUUCGACCCAAAGGACCCCGAGCGCAUGCCACUGCACCAGUGCGACAUUUACCAGAGCAAGGAGGCCGGCAACCUGUUCGGGAAAAUGCUGUCGCUGGGCUCGUCAAAGCCAUGGCCCGAGGCGAUGGAGAUCGUGACCGGACAGCGCAAGAUGGACGCCAGCGGACUCAUGGCGUACUUCAGGCCGCUCCUCAAGUGGCUCGAGGAGGAAAACAAGAAAACCGGCGAAAAGAUCGGUUGGGACGCCUCCGCCCCUCGACACGGCUGCAAAAGGACCAGCUCUGAGGCUAAGGCGGCUCCGGCUCCCGCAGCCUCGUCUGCCGCCGCUGCUCCCAGCUCGAGCCGCUGACACCUACCCCGGCGGCGAGGUGCCCGUCUCCGGACCCAGGCGCCGGUCUGCCCGCCGCCGAGCCUAGGCAUUUUCCCCUCCGCUACCUUUGAGCGGCAAGCUGUGCUUGGGUACCCCGCCCAGGACGACAACGUCGAGACUAUAGACAAGGUGGACGAUAGUGACGCGCUUCAUGCCACAGUGCCCCGAGACGAAGCCAUAGAUUGGCGAAUGAACGACCUCCUCAACAGACUGCUCGCACUUACCGAGGAUGAUCCCGGGAUUUUAUCUCACCGCGAACAAAAUUAUUUAUUAACAUCCCUGAGGAUGAGAAGGAGUUAAAUUAUUCCUGUAUUUAAAGACAAAACUAGCGAUUUUUUGAAUGGGAAAUGUCUGAGUAAUGAGUGUUUUAUUAGUGGACCAGGUGGUAAGUUACGUUAAUCAAUCGAUGUUCUAAUCUUUCUCUUUUUGGUUAAAAGGUUUAAUAAUGCCUUGCUUGGAGAGCAUUGAACAAGGUGGGAACAAUGUGAUUGACCCUUUACCAUUAUUCAACAGUAUUUCAAAAUGUUGUAUUGGUUGUCUUGUAAUAAAGAUUAUGUGCUACAAA